AUGGCUGCAAAAAACUCUUCGUCUUACGAGGACAUAACUUGCCCUCAAUGUACGGACAUUUAUUGCCUUCCUGUUCUUUUAAAAUGUGGCCACAAUAUUUGUAGAGUUUGCUUAUUUAAAUUCUGGGAAUGGAAAGGAUUGCGAGAAUGUCCUGUGUGUGGCCAUGUGUCUGACACCGGGAGGCCUCCUAUUAACCUGGCACUGCACAAUGUUGCAAAGGAACACAAAGUGCUUAUUAUGACCAAGAAUCGAGACAAAUGUUUUCAACACAGCGAGAAUUUGCAGAUCUUUUGUCACAAUGACGAAGAACUCAUCUGUGUUAUCUGCCAGCUUUCAAACGAGCAUAAAAUCCAUGACUGCAGCCCAGUAGAAGAAGCUGCCCAACAGAAAAAGGCAGAAAUUUCAGCCAGCCUCGAGUCCUUGAAGAGAAAACUCAAAUUACUGAUUGAUACAAAGGAGCAAUGGGAGGAAAUAAAAACCUAUAUCCAGACACAGGCAUGUGAAACUGAAACAGCCAUUAAGGAAGAGUUUAAGAAGCUCCACCGGUUCCUUCAGGAGGAGGAAAACACCAGACUGCAGGCGCUCAGACUGGAAGAGGAAACCAAGACCCACAUCAUGUGUAAGAAGCUGGAAAACAUCAAAGACCAGAUCAACGCUCUCUCCUCCACCAUCAGUGAUAUUGAAACAUCCCUCAAAGUACAUGAUAUGCAGCUUUUACAGGACUAUAAGAAGACAAAGAAAAGGCUCCAGUGCAACAUUCGAGAGCCAGAGGUUGUCAGAGAUAUCCUGAUAAACUCUGCAAAACAUCUGGGAUUGCUUAGUUUUGGAAUUUGGAAGAAGAUGGAAGACAUUGUCAGAUGUGUUCCUGUUGUUCUGGAUCCAAACACAGCCCAUGCUAACUUAAAGUUCUCUCAAGAACUGACCUGUGUGCACUACAACAGUAAACAGUUCCUACCUGACAACCUUGAACGCCUCACCAACCGUGUUUCUGUGCUGGGAGCCAAUGGCUUUACAUCUGGAAAGCACAGGUGGAUCGUAGAUGUAGGAAAUGGCCAAGAUUGGUACAUCGGAGUGGCCCUGGAGUCAAUCCAAAGAAAGAAUACCAUCUUCCUCAGCCCUGCUGAGGGCGUCUGGGUAAUUGGCCUGAGCAACGGAAACUCACUGUGGGCUCAGACCACAACUCGCUCCAAGCUCCCGAUAAAAGAGAAGCCCCAGAGGAUUACUGUUGAGCUGGACUAUGAAAAAGGAAAAGUCACUUUCAUCAAUGCUGCUGAUUCUACAAAGAUUUACUCGUUCAAAGACAGAUUUUCUGAGAGGAUUUUCCCCUACUUCGCCCCUGGAUUGUGUGAGGACACAAAAAACUCAAGCGUGCUGACAAUCUGUCCCCAGAUAAUCAAAGUUGAAGUAGAAUAGAUACAGCAGAUAGAGGUAAAAGAGAGGUUGCAUUAUGUUGACCAGGUUUUGCAGAUACAGUGAUUGACAA